AUGUCUCCAACCACUGUAAACCAUCAUCCAAGGCCACAACGACUUCCUUCCCUUUCCGUCAAGGUGGAUCCCACGUUAAAGCUGUGUCUUUCUUCCACAAACGUUGUUAAGAAUACUGCGGAAAGUGCAAGUCACCCUUCAUUUGUGGUUGAAAAUAAUGAUUGCAGCCCCAAUCUCCAUGGUCUCUAUUCAGGAGCGUGCUGUGACGAGGAUCAGGUGAAGGCACCAACGCCAGUGGUGUUUAGCAGCAAAGAUCUGUUGCCUUUGAUGUCAAGGUCCGGGUCCAUUGUUCUGCCACCGUUAAUAAACCAAGAAGCCGCAAACAAAAAACGCCACUUGUUGAUAGGUAUCACCGGUUGUAUCUCCAUCCACAAGAAUGUGUUUUUGAUCAUUGAAAAAUUGUUCGAGUUGUACGGCCAUGAACGGCUUGAAAUCCAGGUGGUACUCACCAAAUCCGCCGAGUGGUUUUUGACAGAAAAGCUUCACAAAUUCGACCAGUUGGGCGUGAAAGUAUGGUUCCACAAUGACGGUAUCAAACAAUAUUUGACGUCAGACAUAUAUUCCAAGUCCGGUAAGAUGAACCCAGCCGCCUUGCCCAAUCACACCAUGCUUCCAUUUGCGCUUCAGCGAUGGGCAGACAUGUUUUUGCUCGCUCCGCUUUCAGCAAACACUUUGGCAAAAGCCAUAAAUGGCCUUUCUGACAGCUUGUUGACAGAUAUCUUGCGUAUAUGGCACGCACCUGCUCACUCACACAACGACGCCAUGUAUCCUUGCAGUGACAAUACGGUGUUAUCAAGUGCAUCGCUGUCAGCCAAACCACUUCUCGCAGCCGUGGCUCUCACCAACUCCAUGUACUCGCAUCCAAUUACCAAGCGACAGCUUGUAUUGUUGAAGGAAACGUUUCCCAACAUAUGCAUUUUAAAGCCUGUGGAAAAGUGUGUGGAUGUCGAUGGAAAUAUUGCUAUGGGAGGCAUGCGGUCUUGGCGUGAAGUUGUAGACUUUGUCACCAAGGGUCUUGGAGAGCCAGAAGAGGAGGAAGAUGGUGAGGAAGACGAUACCAACGACGACGACAGGUCGCCCACGUCGAAUCUCAUAUCUAUUCAUCACCACCGGUCCACACUAAGCAGCAAAGAAAUACAGGAGCACGAGCGGUUGGCGUCUCAGAAUGCUAUAUUAAACUCAGGAGUUGGCUUUGAAGUGUCUACUGCAUCGUCCAUGCUAUCUGAACGAGCUUAG